GAUGUUCCCUCGUAUCACCUUCGUCUAUCUCUCUCGUCUAUUACUAUCACUUUCGAGUCUUCGUCCUGUUCCAAGUCAGCGGCGGCGGCCAGCGAGCAGCGAGUUGAGCUGCGGCAGCAGCUUCGAAUCAAGCGAGCGGCGGCGCGAUUCGCAACCACCGGUGACCGCAACUCUACUCCUUGCGCUCGCCCAGGGACACAGAUCCAUGGAGGUCGUGAUGGGGGCACUGUCGAGGCUCAUCCUCAAGCUUGGCGAUCUGCUCGUCGGCGAGUACAAGCUGCAAAAGGGGGUGAAGGGGGAGAUCAUGUUCCUCCAACCUGAGCUCGAGAGCAUGCAGGGCGCCCUCGAGGAUAUCUCGGGAGUUCCCUCGGACCAGCUUGACAGUCAGGACAAGAUCUGGGCCAGCGAUGUGCGAGAGCUGUCCUACGACAUGGAGGACAGUAUCGACAUGUUCAUGGUGCGCUGCAACGGCGGCGAGCCGGCCGCCGGGCCGCAUGGCAUGAGGGUGUUCAUGGAGAGGAGCCUCGAUUUGCUGACAAGGUUCAAGAUUCGCCGUCAGAUUGCUACUGACAUCAGAGACAUCAAGAGGCGUGUCAUAGAGGUGCGCGAGCGGCGUGAGAGGUACAAGAUCGACGGUGUUGUAGCUAAGCAUGCUGUUGUUGAUCCUCGUUUAUUGGCUCAUUACACGAAGGUGGCAGAGCUCGUUGGCAUCGACGACACAAGAGAUGAGCUAAUCAAGAUUUUGAUCGAAGGGAACCAAGUGUCCAAGCAGCAAGGCAAGAUAAUUUCCAUAGUUGGAUUUGGGGGGCUGGGAAAGACAACUCUUGCUAAUGCAGUGUAUGAAAAGCUUAGAGGACAAUUCGAUUGCUGGGCUUUUGUUUCAGUGUCUCAAACUCCUGACAUGAGAAAAUUAUUCAAGGGCAUGCUCUAUGAACUUGGCAAGAGCAUCAAUGAAGAAACAUUGGAUGAGAGGCAGCUCAUCGAUGAAAUUAGAAAAUUCCUUCAGACGAAGAGGUACUGCAUUGUUAUUGAUGACAUAUGGGAUAUCUCAGUUUGGAAAAUGAUUAGAUGUGCUUUGCCUGAUGAUAUCGGUGGAUUCAUAAUUAUCACAACUACCCGUAUUUUAAAGGUAGCUGAACAAGUUGGUGGUGCUUACAAGCUGAAACCCCUUUGUCUUGACAACUCCAGAAAAUUAUUGUACAGAAGAAUAUUUGUCAAUGAAGAAAAAUACAAAUGUCUCGAUGAGCACCUGACAGAAGUAUCUGAUAAAAUAUUAAAGAAAUGUGCCGGUGUACCAUUAGCUAUCAUUACGAUAGCUAGUUUGUUGGCUAUUAAAGGAGGAAAUAAAAUGGAGUGGUAUGAGGUGUACAACUCUAUUGGUACUGGACUGGAGAAUGGUCUAGAUGUAGAGAAUAUGAGAAAGAUUUUGUCAUAUAGCUAUUAUGAUCUGCCACCCCAUCUACGGACUUGUUUACUAUAUUUAAGUGUGUUUCCAGAAGAUUAUGAAAUUAAAAAAGAUCGUUUGAUAUGGAUGUGGAUAGCUGAAGGUUUUGUACAAUGUGAAAAACAAGGGAAGAGCCUAUUUGAACUUGGAGAGAGUUACUUCAACGAGCUCAUAAACAGAAGCAUGAUCCAGCCUCUGUAUGACAUGCAUGAUUCUAUGAUAGAAUCUUGCCGUGUACAUGAUAUGGUUCUUGAUCUUAUCCGUUCCUUGUCAAGCGAAGAAAAUUUUGCUACCAUAUUGAACAAUGUGCACAAGACAUCUCUGUCAAAAAAGGCUCGGAGGUUAUCCGUUCAGAACAACAUGGUAGAUAAUGCUACGCCUUGGGCUAGUAUGAGCACACAGCAAGUGAGGUCAGUUGUUGCCUUUUCAUCUGCUUUUAAUCAAAUGCCGGCCCUUGCGAGCUUCAGAGUUUUGCGUGUACUGGAUUUGAAGAGUUAUGAUCUUCCACGAGGUUGCGAUCUUAAGUAUCUUGGAAAUUUAUUUCACUUGAGGUACUUGGGACUAGGAAGGACACGUAGUGCUCAGCUCCCUGAAGAAAUAGGAAACCUGCGAUUUCUACAAAUAUUGGACGUAGUGGGCAGUAAUAUUUCUAGCUUGCCAUCGACUGUUGUUCAGCUACGAGAUUUGAUGUGCCUGCGCAUUGAUGAGAAUACAAGGGUGCCAAACGGGAUUGGGAGCCUAACGUCCCUCGAAGAGCUCUCAACGUUAUACAUCUGCGAUUCCACGGACAUUACAGAAGAGCUAUGCCAUGCAACGGAGCUGAGGGUGCUGGAUAUUUUCUGCCGAACUGAAUGGAGUGAUAUCUUGGAGAAAUCUCUGGUGGCGUGCCUAUGCAAGCUGCCAAGAAUCCUGAGUCUCUCUAUCCGGGUCCAAUCUGGUGCAUGGAACUUUGAUGCUUUGGUCGCCCAUCGACAUCUCCGUAGAUUGGAACUACAUGACUGCUGGUUCUCUAGGCUGCCGGAUUGGAUGAGUCCCUUGCUUCUGGACCUCUCCUUCCUAUGGAUCUCCGUGAGGGAGCUGCAGCAGGAGGACCUCGACAUCCUCGGGAGGUUGCCAGCUCUCCGCUAUCUAUAUCUGAAGGUGGACCAUGAGAGUCUCAAAAUCCCCAGGAGAUUCGUCGUUGCUGCUUGUUCGUUCCCAUGCCUGGCAGGAUGCAGGUUGUUGGGAUUUGUAGGAGCCGUGGUGUUCCAGCAAGGAGCUAUGACGAGGCUCACAGGCCUUGCCUUCACGUUCCAUGCACGCGAGGUGAGAGAAAUCGCCAACAGCGACGGUAGUUUCGACUUGGGCCUGGGGAACCUGCUGUCGCUCCAGGAUGUCGCCGUUUACUUCCGAUCUGGAGGUGCCAACGAGAGGGAAGUGGAGGAAGCGAAGGCUGCACUGAGCCAUGCGAUUGAGAUUCAUCCCAAUCAUCCCAACGUUGACAUAUGGGGCUGAAGAAUCAGAUUGAUGAUGGACUGGACAACAGAUUUCUAGCCUAGCGCUGAUGGAUCAGGAUCCGCUGACUUCACUUCUUUUGAAGUCAUGGCGUGACUUCACUCUAAGAGUCGUCCAAUCUAUAAUCGACGCCUAAGAUUGAAUCUCAGCUUCACUGGAAUUCAAUGUUUUCUAGUUAGUUAUGCAACAUUUUCCGGUUUCGGAACUAGUUCAAUGUUUUCCAGUUAGUUAUGCAACAUUUUCCGAUUAGUUAUACAACAUUUUUCGGUUUGGAGUAAAGUCACGGUGACUUUAAAUGGGUGAAGUUAGAGUAUACUGAUCCAGCCGAUCGCCAUGUUUGCAAAGAUUAAAAUGCUCGCUGAUUGUGUUCAUGUUUUAUUUACUCAUUUCACCAAGGACAUGUUGCAUGUCAGGAAAUAUGGUGCAGAUAGAAAGACAGCUUUUUUAUCGUUAUUGUACGGAAUGAUAUGUUUGCGAGUUUAGAAUCUGAUACAAGAAAUGAAAUCUCACUUGUAACUCCACCAAUUGGUAACUCCUCUUCAGGUAGUGGCUAUGAUUAUGUAAUUUUUGUAGCAAGUGUACCUAAUCGUGUAUUAGAUUUUGGGGAUUACAAGUGUGACAACACAUGAAUACCCUCUAUUUUUGGUGAUUAUCAAAUAGAAAACUUUUUGUUCAGAAUCGCUGUUAUCAGCUCCUGCAACUAGUUAGUUAAAAUUGCAACCGGAGUUUGUUAAAUCUGUGAUAGUAGUGAAGAUUACAACCUCGAACUGGAAUUUUUUUAAAUCUGUGAUUAUCAUAAGAUCACAACGAGACUUGCUAGGAAUCUAAGGUUUGCAUUUCUAGCUAAAAUGCAAAUAAUAUGGAAAGAACAAAAUCAGCUGUUCUCCAUGUAGUUUUAAGAUUCUGGUAAUACCAAUACUGAAAGUAUGCCGCCUCUGAACAUAUAUCAGGCUUUCCCUGUCUGCUACGCCCAGCUUUUCUCUGUAUUAAAUCACUCAAGAACUUGGCUAAUUUCAUUGCCAAGGUAUUUGAACAAAACUACAAAUAUGAUUAAUAGUUCCCUUGCACAUGCUCUUGUAUAAACCACUGGAGUUACACAACCCCAUGGUUACUGUUGGAAGGGAUUGAUGUUUUUCCUUUUAAAUAGCCGCGUGAACUUCUGUUCUGUGUAGGUUGAAGUAAAUGCAUAUAAUCAGUUGCUGUGAAAACAAAGUUGCUGUGAAAACAAAGGCAAUCACCAUGUCAUGCUGAAUCCUUAUUCCUUAAAAUGCUUGACUUGUAGACUAUAUUUGCAUGCUUAAGGAGUAUUAUGAUCCUUAUGCUUACCUUGGUGUCUUCCUUGUUAGGUUUAGUCCCACAUCGGAUAUUAAUGAUGGGCGAAAAUAAUUUAAAAGGUGGAGGGUCUCUCACCCAUUAGUCUGGUCUUUUAGAUGGAGGGUGGCCCAAGACUUUGGUCGUGGCUCUGGUUGGGCCUAUGCAUAUAGUAGGCUCAAUGUAACUUGGGCGGAUGGGCGUUGGCUUGUGAGUAUGACGAGCUGGGUUGAACCGUUGCGUGCUAUGAUAAAUGGUAUGGGAGCUUUAGAUCUUAAACCCAGAACGUGUCCUAGGGCUCAUGGUUACGGGCAAUGUCACCCGGUGUGUGAUGAGAGAGAUUAUUGGGUUUAGUCCCGCAUCGCAUCCUGAUGAUGAGCAUGAUUUUAAAGGUGGAGGGUUCCUCACCUAUCAAUCUAGUCUUUUGGGUUGGGGUGGCCCCAGAUUUUGAUCAUGGCUCCGGUUGGGUCUGUGUGUAUAGCAGGCGUAAUGUGACUUGGGAAAGGCGGAGGGAUCCUCACUCAUCAGUCUAGUCUUUUGGGUUAGGGUGGCUCCGAACUUUGAUUGUGGCUCCGGUUGGGCUUGUGCGUAUAGCAGAUGUAAUGUGACUUGGGAAAGGCGGAGGGUUUCUCACUCAUCAGUCUAGUCUUUAGGGUGGCUCCGGAUUUUAAUUGUGACUCCGGUUGGACCUAUGCGUAUAGCAGGUGUAAUGUGACCUGGGAAAGGUGGAGGAUUCCUCACUUAUCAAUCUAGUCUUUUGGGUUGGGUGGCUCUAAUUGGACUUGUGCGCGUAGCAGGCGUAUAGUAGGCUUAACGUGACUUGGGUGGAGGGGCGCCAGCUCAUGGGUAUAGCAAGCUAGGCCAGACCACUGCUCUAACAUUCCUGCUAGCCUGUUAAAGCUAACCUUUUGUCAAUACUAAUGCACUGCAGGGAUCUUGCCGUUGGGUUAUGAUACCACAAUGUGUUGGCCUGGCGAACCUGCAACUUUGAGGUCUGCAAAGAACCAGACAGAAGGGUAUUCCUUCAGCAAGCUUUGAUGCGACGAUGCCGCCCACCAUGCUCACCAAGAUCAGGAGGAAUAACAGAUUUGGGCCUUGACAGGAGCCAAGGACUUCGUGAACCUCAUUGCAAUAACAUAACUGAACAUCGGUGUGCACUGUUAUGGCAAUGUCUUUGGAUAGAGGUGCACAAGAUAUGUAAAUGUUUGUAGGGUGUGUUCCUGCAUUGCAUUUGCUGAACCAUACAACCUAGCCUGCAGCGAUUUUAUUACCUCACAGUCUCAGAAAAUAAGAAUCCCUUGUUUAAUUCCUACAUUGCAUUUGCUGUACCAUACAACCUAACCUGAAUGGCUUGUAAUAGGACGAUCGGUCUGCUAGUGGUUUUGGCUGACAGUUUCUGAUGGUA